UUCCUUUUUAUUUUCGGAUGUUCAGUCUCUCUUGAAACUUCUUGAAGAUCGCUCUAUACUUAAUAAUUGCCAAUCUGCCAUGGCAAAGACAAAUCUAUGUUGUUUCGAUGCUUCUGUUGACUAGCACUACUACCUUUUGCUUAAAAUCUAGACUCUUUGGAGCAAUCUGAGGAGUGGCUGAUCCCGCACAAGUCUGGAUUUUUGUACGAGACAUUUGCUUCUUCUUAUACAAUGAGGGAGAAUGGGUUUGGUAUACACUAUUGUUAUUCUUGUAAAGGUUUUGCUUUCUCUAGUGUUUUUGAGGGUGGAUGGAGAACCAAGAGUUGUGCCCUGAGGAGCUUGUAACUUCUGAGUUUGAGCCUGAGGAGAUCAUUGAACUUACGGUGGAAGGAGGUGAAGGGAGUGAUGUGGUUUUUGCAAGAGAGUCACCUCUUAUAGGUACAACUCAACCGAGAAAUUUCUGUGCUUGUAGUUCAAAGAUACUGAAAUGCUCAUCUCUUGUGCAACACAAGAAGCUUAAUAGACAGGAUAGACUCGAUUUGGGACGGCUUUUCCAAGUUGCUGUUAGUUCUCAGGAUUGGAAGCUUUCCGAAACAUUCAUCAGUCUGGCUGAUCCUCAAACUUUGAAUGGUUUUCUGUGUAUUAGUCUAGAUUCUAUUUGGUUCUUGAGCACAGAACAUGAGUUACGGGGAAUCACUGGAUUGAUUACAAAGAUCGUAUGUCAUGGUGCUCAUGACUAUACUAGAGCUACACUUAGGACUUCGUUUCUUGCUUCAUGUGUUUCAUCUUGCCAGAGCCAGACUGUGAGUCUUGCUGAUUCUAUUACUGUUAUGGCUCAAAGGUUGCAUGAGCGUCUCCAAGAGUGUAAUGGUGAUGAGGUCCUCAAAGCAGAAGCUGCUGCCAAAGUUCAAAAGUUUACUGAAUGGGCCCUCAAAUGUAUAGGUUUUCACUCCCGAUGCCAGGGCCCUAGAGAUAAAGCUAACCAAGACUCAGCUGCUGAGAUCCAACUCCAGCUUUCUGCUUUCAAGAUGUUCUUAGAUCUUGCAGGAAAUCAUCUAUCAGGAAAGGAUUUCACAGAAGCCUUUGAUGCAGCUUGCUUUCCGCUUACCCUGUUCUCUACCUCGUUUAAUCCUGGCUGGGCUUCUGGAAUCUCAGCUACUUUCAUUCAUGGAUUGCUUGGUAUGCUGGUGGAAGGAGGCACAGAUAACGUAAAUCAGUGCUUCCUUGAAGCUUCUCGUUUUGGGAGCACAGAACUUGUGCGCAUCUUGUUGCAGGUAGAUCUAAUCCUUAAUCUACAUGCCGCUGUAUAGAGAGUGUGUGAAGGUGGGUGGGCAGCUGCUCUCACAGAAGCUAAGGGGACAGCUUGUGGAAGCCGCAAAACAGCUUCAAGAGUCUGAUGUGGCCUCA